CCAAAAGGACAGUGAAUUGGUCGAAUUAAGAUGAACUACUGAUCAUCAAUCUUCUUCAAUCUUCUUCAAUCUUUACCAUCUCUACAAUUCCACUCUUUUUCUCCAAUUUUUUUCCCUUUUCGAUCCUACUCUCUCUUCUAUUUUCUCUCUUCUACAGUACUAAAAGCAAUUGAACUCUGUCGUGAAGAAAGGCUUGCUUGCAAAUUACAAGCUCUGAAUCAUUGUGUAUUUCUGAUCAAUCUGCUAGUUUUAUUCCUGCUGUACCGACUGAGUUUGUGAAGUUUUCUUUAAUCACGAUGGGUCUCUCCAGUCUCCCAGCUCCGUCGGAAGGAGUUCUGAACGUGAUUCUUGUAAACACUGCUCUAUCCAUUUCCAUGUUCAAAUGCAUUGUUCGUUUAAUCCUUCACAUGGUAGGAAUCCGUCUCUCAUGGCCAUCAACUGUAGUCCCAUCACCAGAUUCCUUUGAAAGCUCCUCAGAGUUGGGAGAUCCCAAUUGUGGCUCCUCUUGGAAUUACCUUGAGAUGUUUCGACACCGAUGUCCAAGGAUUAGAUUCGAUAAAGUACCGAGUUCAGAACGUCGUGAACAUGACUGCUCGGUCUGUUUAACUCAAUUUGAACCUGAAUCGGCGAUAAAUCACUUAUCAUGUGGCCAUCUUUUUCACACAGAUUGCUUGGAGAAGUGGCUGGACUACUGGAACAUCACAUGCCCUCUUUGCAGAACUCCUCUAAUGUCUGAAGAAGGGAAAUCUUGCUUUUGGUGAGUGUUCGGUGCUACAAAUCUAGUUAGGGGAAAACUCAUGUACAGCACUAGAGACCAAAGUUUGAUGUAUGUCCUAGAGACCAAAGUUUUGUCCCUGUAAAUACAUGUUUAUGAAGUUCUACGCUUCUAGUUUCUGGCUUGUGCCUUUAGCUUUUAGGUUUUGAGUUAAUGCACUAUUAUUUCACUUUCUUUGUAUAUGGAAUUCUCUGAGUAUGCUAAAAGUUCUUCAGCUUCUGUUUGUUUGAUAUUAAGGUUGACACUUGACAGCAUGGGAAUUAAUUUUCUGAAAUUAUUGUUUUAA